GAACGAUUCUUGUUUUCCAAUGACGUCAUCCACAACAGAAAAGAGAAGAAGGAAGAAAUAGUGGAAAGAGAAAAAGGAAUUACCUCCUAAUUUUGCCUUCGAGGGGUUGUCCUUGAGGCCCAGGAGUGUGCGAUAUGCAGUCCGACGAGGAAUACCUUUAUGAUUGUGAUUCAGGGAACGAAUCUUCGGGUGACGAUGUUGGUCUCGAGUUCGACCUCGAAGGAGAAUCUGGAGGGAGUUGUGUCGGGGCAGGGAAGUACCGAGACACGGAGGAUUACCCCUACGAGGUGCUGUCGACCGAGGAUAUCACGGCUCACAUGAUCGAGUGUAUCAAAGAAGUCAAUAGUGUAGUCAAUAUACCUAUCACAACUACCCGAAUAUUGCUCAACCACUUCAAAUGGGACAAGGAAAAGCUCAUGGAACGUUUCUAUGAUGGAGACCAGGAGAAGCUAUUUUUAGAGGCUCACGUUAUAAGCCCGUACAAAGGCUCAUGUAAAGCACAGAAGGUUUCAGUAAAGACUAGCAAUGGAAUGGAAGAGUGUGAGAUAUGCUUUCUCAACAUGCCCUCUGCUAUGAUGACCGGUAUUGAGUGUGGACAUCGCUUUUGCACCAGUUGUUGGACAGAGUACCUCACUACAAAGAUCAUUGAUGAAGGGAUGGGACAAACUAUUUCUUGUGCAGCUCACGCUUGUUCUAUACUUGUUGAUGAUCAGACAGUGAUGCGACUGAUAACCGAUCCCAAAGUCAAACUCAAGUACCAGCACCUUAUAACAAAGAGUUUUGUAGAGUGUAAUCGGCUACUACGUUGGUGUCCUUACCCAGAUUGUAAUUAUGCCAUCAAGGUACAAUAUCCAGAGGCACGACGAGUCAUGUGUAAAUGCAGGAAUGUGUUUUGUUUUAACUGUGGGGAAAAUUGGCAUGACCCUGUGAAAUGUCAUCUGUUAAAAAGUUGGAUCAAGAAAUGUGAUGAUGAUUCUGAAACCUCCAAUUGGAUUGCUGCUAAUACCAAGGAGUGUCCAAAAUGUAAAGUUACCAUAGAGAAGGAUGGUGGGUGCAAUCACAUGGUUUGCAAGAACCAAAGCUGUAAAGCAGAUUUUUGUUGGGUGUGCCUUGGGCCGUGGGAACCACAUGGUUCAUCUUGGUACUCUUGCAAUCGAUACGACGAGUUUGAGGCUAAACAAGCACGUGAUGCUCAAGAAAAAUCAAGAGCUGCUUUACAGCGUUACCUUUUUUAUUGCAACCGAUACAUGAACCACAUGCAGUCUUUGAAGUUUGAAAACAAGCUGUAUUCUGCUGUCAAAGAAAAGAUGGAGGAAAUGCAGCAGCAUAACAUGUCUUGGAUUGAGGUUCAGUUUUUAAAGAAAGCUGUGGAUAUUCUGUGUGAAUGCAGGCAGACUUUAAUGUUUACCUAUGUAUUUGCAUACUAUCUUCGAAAAAAUAACCAAUCAGUUAUUUUUGAGGACAACCAGAAAGAUGUGGAAAGUGCAACAGAAACACUUAGUGAGUAUUUGGAACGAGACAUUACCCAGGAGAAUCUAGCUGAUAUUAAGCAGAAAGUCCAGGAUAAAUAUAGGUACUGUGAUCAACGACGUAGAAAAUUACUUGAACAUGUACAUGAAGGAUAUGAGAAGGACUGGUGGGAUUACACUGAAAUCUAGUUAAGAAAGAUGAAUUAAAGUAUUUAUAGUUUUCAUCAGUCAUUGAAUUGUUAUAUGAUGUGAUGUAGACUGAAAUAUUGCCACCAGAGGCAAGGAUGUCAUGACACAGGGCUGUGUUAGUUAUGCAAGAGACCAAUUUGAAAAGAGAAAUGGCUUACUUCAGUAUGUGUUGUUAUAAUUAUGUGGUGCUGGGAAAUGCCAAGCAUUUCUUGCAUUGCAUUGGCAAAGCUUGAUUAGCUAUCCCUUCCAUCCUUACAUCCUGGUCACCACAUUGGAUUACCAUUCAAAGUCUAUGCAUUAAUGAGCACGAUUGAAUCCUAAAAGUUUAACAUAUAAUGGUGAACCUUGUUAGUUCUUUUUCCAAAGGAAGUUUAGACAAGUUGAAGUUAGGGAUUAAAAUUAUGCUUUUGGAAAGACAUACUGUACUUGCUUCCGUGUUCAGCAUAAUGCCUUUUUGUGGUCAGCAGAAGCUGAAUGCUAUAUUCAUUUAACUUGAAAUAUUUUUAAUAGAACUGACGAGAAUUAUACAGAAUACAUUUCCAGAAGUUAAUGUGUCCAGAAUGAAUCCUGCUCUUUAUGCUAUUUGUGGUUUUAGUGGAAAAUGUGAAUAUUUGGCCUUUAACAAGCUGGUCUGAUUGCAAGCAGUUGUAUAUGUGGCAAAACAAAUAUUCUAUCUUUCAGUAUAGUUCUGGAAAGAUUUUCCCCAUAGUGUUUGGGGAAAUGCAUUUACUGCAUAGACACUGUUGCACACUGUGACAUUGAAGUCAUUUAAGCAUAAAGUGUUCUCGUUUUAUUGCCAACUUUUAACCAGUGAAUUAGACAGCCCUAUGGAAAUGAAAGGGUGGUACUGAAAAUUGCAUUUGGCAUCCACAUUCAAAGUACAUAGAUAGGUACAACAUUUUAGGAGAGAUUGGACGUUAACUUGGUAACUUGAAAUUUAUUCCAUGAAACAUCUUCAAAAGCCAUACAAUUCUGAAGCUUAUUUUAAAAGGAAAAUACGUACUUUGAAGUUUAUAAUGCAAGGCAGUGUAAAAGAAUGUGGAAUCUUUGGUCUCUCAUUCGUUUUUCUUUUCCUUUGCUUCAAAGAACAUUGUAUUAUAUUACUAGAUACUGUAUUAUGGAUGAAUCCAGUCAACCACCAGAACUGCAAAUAACUUUUUUUUGUUUUUUUUUUAUUUUUUUUAUGUAUACUGGAAAUUUCUGGAAAAAGUUAUGAUAUACAGUAUGGGGUUGAGUUAUAUAAAUAGAAUGGAUAUCAUUCGCAUAGUAUGAUCUGAUGUAUGAAAGUAGUAAAUAAAGCUAGUGUUGAUGGGUUUCAUCCUUGCUGAGUUGCCUAUGAUUUUAUUUUUAUGUAGGUGAUUCAGAUUACCAAGCUAAAAUGCAACCAACUUAGGCAGAACUGGUAAAUGGCUUUAUAUUAUGUUGUCAGUGAAAGGUCUGGAGUAAUGAUGAAAGGUUUAUUUGGCUGAAUUCAGAUGGUGAUGGAAGUACAUUUACAUUUUCUUAGUUUACUUCACUCUGUUGUUCUAGACAAUGAUAAUGGUUUUUUUUAUAAUAUUCCAUCUAACUGGAAGGAAAUUUGCUCACCCAUAAGUCAUGGUGUUAAAGAAUCAGGUAGUUUCUGUGCAGCUAAGAUGUAUGUGAGAUUGAGAUUGGAGAAAAAAAGCCAGGCGAGGUUUUUCAUCAUUCUAAGUCAUUUCUAGGAUAAAACAUUUUAUUGUUGAUAGUGGUUCAAACUAUACUGCUUUAUUUUUUUUUAUAAAUAAAUCUUAACAAGGGUUAAUUCAGCUUUUCACAUAUAUUUCACCCAGUCUAAGAUAACUGUGAAUCUUAUUUUUAUGGUAGGGACCCUUUUUCAUUAUUUUUAAUUUUAGUGAGACACAAAAGGAAGCUUUGCUAUAUCAGUGGUAUCUAGUUAAUUAAACUAGCAAUUUUAUUGAUAAAUGAUGUCUGGUACAACCUUUAAUGGACCAUAACAGUGUACACAUUUUAUUUCUUGUCCAUUUUUUCUGUUAACUGCUUUCGAAGACAUGAAAAGUUGUAACUUCCAUCACUUUCGAAUCUAACUGAAAAACCUGUGAUAUUGCAAGCAUGAUGGCCAGUAUUGUAGGUGUUUGAGGGUUGCCAAAGGAAUGACAAAGAUAAUAACCAUAAAGAGUAAGAACAAGGAGAGUGAACUAGUAAAGAACUACUUGUGCUCCUCAGAGGAAAGAGGAAUGAGAUUGUGAUUGCAAUCAGGAGAGGGGAUUGUGUUUUGACAACAUUGGCUCAUCAGUGCAACAGCCUGUACAUUGUGUUACUUAGAUAUAUGCCUUAUCUGAAACAUGUAUAUAGACUGUAUAGAAUAAUGGAAAUGGGAUAAGCAAAUAGGAUGACUUUGUUAAAUGGAAAGUAAAUUAAUUUAAUGUUAUUUUUGAAGUACGAGUCUCUCUCUGUCUCUCUCUUUAACCAAAUAACUAUAAAUUUUGCAUACCUGUUGAUUCUUCCGUUGACUGACUAAAGCAUCCUCUUUUGCUAAUCUCCGAAUUAGUACCGUGUAGUACACUGGAUUCCCUUCCAUGGUGCAUGCAAGGGGUUAAUGCAGACAUGCAAACAUUGCCAAAAUGCAAACAUCAGCUAUUAUAUUUUGCUCGCAGCCUAAAUUAAUGCCGGAUGAGUUUUAGGUGCCAUGCAGUUUGUUGGUUUUCAAAGAUUGCGAAACGAUGAGAAUUGUAUACAGUCGGUUUUGAAGCAAGAGCGUAAGCCAGGAACACCACAUCUCCAUCAGUAGUUUUUAUUCAUAUUUACAUGUAUGAUGUAGAAGGGUUUUAGAGUUGCUUUCCAGUAGGAUGGAAAUAAGUGCUUAAUUUGGCGGCAGAUCUUACAAAAAAAAUAAAAAUAAAUAAAAUAAAAAAAAAGGGCAAAACAGACAUGAAGACUUGGUUAUGUGAAAUUUGAUGGGCAUUGAAAUGCAGUAGUAAAAUGGUAGUCAUUGAAAAUCUAAUUUUUUCAUGCUCAUUUUUUUGUUAUAAAAUUUUUUAUAACUUAGUUGGUGAAGCAACUAUUGAGUUUUCUUGUGAAAAAUCUUAAGAUUUGGUUGUUAACAGUUAUUCAAUUUCCUUAAAUGUAGGAAAAACAUUAAUUCCACCUGUUUCCUUUGUCUGCUAAUGUUUAAAUGUAAGAUUGUUUAUAUUUUAGAUGAUAAAGGUAAAUAUUAUGUUGAUAUUUGAGAAUGUAUUAAUAUAUUUUAUGGAUCAGCAGAAACUAGAUGUAAUAUUGUGUAUAUAUAUAUAUUUGAUGUCUAAAACAAGUAUUUUUUUUUAAUACAUAUUGUAAUUAUUUUAAAUUAGUUUAAUAGAACCACUGUGUCACAUUUCCACUCCUAUGGUUCCCGAGAAGAACUUCCUCUUUAUUAAGUGGUGAAAAUUGGAGCUGGGAGAAGUUUAAGAAGUUUGACCACUAGGUGGGAAGAGAUCAAAAUGUAUAGAUGAAAAAUAAGUCAGAAAGCAUUGCAGCAUAGGGUGAAGGAACUUAGCAAAAAACGUAAUUACCAUCUCCAUUGUAGUGCGUAGUAUAGUAUUUUAACAGUAUUGUAGAUGUUCAGACUACUAUAUCUUUGAAAGAAGCAGAAGGAACUGUGGGAAUUUAUUUUAUCAUUUCUAGUAUCCAUAACUUUAAUACAUGGUUUAUUUAAUGUUGAUGGAUACAGUUCAUUUAAUUCAUUUUCAAUCCUUUAAAAUUUGGUAAUAUUCUCCCAUAUUCAAGUUUUCAUUAAAAAUCCUAAUUUGAAUAAUUCACUGAAAGAUGUUUGAAUUAUUUUUCCUUCCGUUCUUUGUAUCCCUUUAAUCAUUCCCAUUUUCAACUUGAUAAAAUAUAAAAUUUAGUCUAACUAACCUUAUCAAGGUCAGAAAUAUUUCAUGUUGUCUUUUUUUCUAUGCCCUUAUUUGAAGACACAUUAUUCCUGAUUUGAAAUUAGGUUACCUUGUGAAUAGGACAAAUUAUGUUUGUGUGACUAAAGAGCAAAUUAGUAUCUCACUUUAUUGGACACAGAAUUAACAAAUGAUCUGUUAAUUUGUGUUAUGCUAUGAUUUUGUUAAAUGGCUUGAAUGAUUAAUUUGAAACAAGCUUGCUUUUGUAUGGAUUAACCCUGAUUUGAAACAAGCAUACUUUUGUAUGGAUUAACCAUGUGACACGUUGUAAAUGGUACUGAAGGAUCUUUGGGGUGCCAUUGUGGUUCCAGUAUAUUGCCUACGUUCUUGACUUGGCUGUCCAAUUUUUUUUUUUCACCUCAGAAGAACAAAUCCCUUGGGCACAUUCUACGAGACCAGAAAUGUGACUCUGGCCUCGAUAAACCAAUUUACUUCUUUAGUUGUAUUGAAGACUGAAAAUAUGAACACCCUUUCAAAUUGGUUUUGCUGUGCAGCUUGCCACUCAAGAUGAGUUUUUAACUUCAUGCCUGACAUUAGUACUUCAUAUGAUCUGAAUAUUAAAGGCAUUGAAAACAUUUUUAGCAAAUGAUAUAUCAUCACCUAUUCUGUACUGGGAUACUGGGAAUUAAGUAAUUACAUUGACCACUAUUAUUCUAGCAUCUCUGAUAAUGGGAGGUACUUUGAUACAGCAGCUAUCGAAUAUGUUUUUCCGUAAUUUGAGUAACGUAAUACAUGAGAAUUUUUGUUAAACAAAAAUCUAAGUGUUCUUAUGUACACUGUUGAGGUAUGUCCAGAUGGGCCGGUAUGAUUGCCAGACUUACGUUAUCAUAGGGAACCCAUAAAAUGAAAAAUAAAAGGACUGUUUUAUCAUUGAUCUUUUUAACUAGAGCAUGACUUGGCAUUUAGUAUAAAAGUAAAUAAAGAAAAUCCAAUAGAUUAGGUAACAUGAUCUUGCAAAAAUAAACAAGUUAACAUAAGCAAAUGCCUUAUUAAUAUUAAUAUAUAAAUACAAAGUACAUACGUAUACAUACUUUGUACUAUAAAAACAUAUACAUAUAUGUACUAUACAUGUUUAACUGAAUUACAAAAAUUUGGAUUAUAUAAAUACAUACACUCAUACAUGCAUAUGCAGUCGUGGCUCUCUAUAUUGACACAACUGAACUAUUCUUAGUAGCGCUCUCUCUCUCUCUCUCUCUCUCUCUCUCUCUCUCUCUCUCUCUCUCUCUCUCUCUCUCGUUUUGCUGUGUCGUGUUUGUAUCUUGUUUUUGGAUGUAUAGCUUUACUUUUGCUAGUUUUGUUCGGAAUCAAUGGCCAUGAAUGUGCUUAUGCUCAUUCUCACAUAGUUUAUAUUAUCAUGUUCAUAGCCAUAUUGUAGUUAUGUACUAUUAUUUCAUGGAUCCUGUAAACAUCUAUUUAGCCAGUCUUUGCACCACAUACUCGUCUUUUUCUUUAUACAUAUGCAGAUUGUUACGCAGCACAAGUUUCUUUUUCUAAGCAGUACUAGCCACAUUGUUUUUCGUACGAGUCUCCGGGCACACCCACCCAUUCGUCAGCUCUGCCGUGUGGACAACAUUCACUGGUAAGCAAGGCAGAAUUUGCCCACCUACUGCACUCCCCGGCGAUCCCGUCUGCUCGUCUGGACAGGCCUUUAGAAAAGGUAAAAUGGAUAUAAUUUGAAUAUUGGAUGUUUACAAUUGGGCAAUUAUGUUAUCCCGAAAGACACUUUUCAUGAAGUAAUCAGAUUGACAUGUAUUUCUGUAUCAUUAUUACAUUAUUAGAAAGAAUUGCGGUAAUUUUUUUUAAUAUUUUCUUUUACAGUAAUACAUAACCUAAUUUUGUCAUUUCUGAAAUUUACUAUCUGUAGUGUAGUUUACUCAUGAUAAGUGCUGGAAAUGUGUGGUGUGGAUAUUCACUUACUUUCAGCAUUUUGAGUCUGAUUACAGGUGUGUGGUGACAUCUCUUUAGUAUGGAUUAAUAAGAGAAAGGAAUUACUUUUUAUUGACUUACCAAAGGACUGAUCCAAAUGAGCAAAAUUUUUGUUUUUUAUAAUUAUGCCAGGACCUAUAGGUGUUCACAUUUUGCCAUACUUGGGAGAUUCGAGAUUGUUAAAAGUGGUAUGGCUAAACAGAAUGGCUAAAUGGUUAAAUUAUAAUUGUUAUGAUUAUUAUUUAGUUCAACACUUGCCAUUCUGGUUAUUUCCAGUGUUAGAAUACUUUGUUCCAUCAUAAAGGGAAUUUGUAGUUGCAUAUCAUAUUAGAUGUAAUUGAUAGACUUUUGAUGAAGAUGUGGUUUUUCUUGGAGAUGCUAAUAUGUACUGAUACAUUUAUAUAUUUAUAUACAUUUCUCUGGUUAAUUAUGUUACUAGAUGUUAUUGAAAAGCAAAAAGGCUGGUUCACCUGAAAUAAGGAAGUGUGAUAGUAUGAUAAGGCAUCUUAACUGCAUUCAUUUUAAUUUUGUUAUUACAGAAAAUUAUCAUCAGCAUUGUUAUUAUUAUUAUUGUAUUAAGGGUUGCAGUCUCUCCAUCGAUUAACAACUCAGGGCCGCACUAAUAGUGCCGUUCAUCAGAGGUUCCCUGGAUGUAGUCUUGUGGUCACAAACAUAAAGUUUAAAUCAUGCAAUAAGUAUAUGCAGUGAUAAUAGGUCCUUAUUCAAAAUCUAUUAAACCUUAGCUAAUGGUAAAAAAGGGAAAAAUAUUAGUUUGAUGUCUCACUCAAAAUUCAGUGAUCUUAAACAAUGUUCUUGCCACUGCAAGUGCCUAUCCAAGGAAUUUCUAAGAAAUGUUUCAGUCUGAAUGACUGAGCUGUAACCAAGUAUGGCUGCUGUCUACAUUGAAACUGAUACUAGUCCUGAUAAUUAGUCUGGAUAUAAGGACGUAAUCAUGAUGGCUCUUUUUAACUUUUUAGAUGUGAUAUAAUUUUGUUUGAGACUUUGAUAUAUUGUACCAUUUGUGAGGUGGUUAAAUGUAUCUUUGGUAGUUGCAAAGCAUGGGUGUUUUUCAGCAGUGUGAACAUUCAAGUGUGAAAAAGGUCAGUGUUGUUGAAGUGUAAUCUCUUGAAUGAUUAUUGUCUUUUCUAUAUAAGGGAAGAUUGCAGGGGAUGAAUGUAAAUCAGUGUUUUAAUUGUAUAAUAGUUAUCUUAAAUGUUGCAACUACAGCUAAUGUAGUUACUGCAUUGGUCAUUUACACUUUUUUUUUCUGGUGCAACUUCUAGUAGAAAUAAGGUUUGAUGGUACUGUAUUUAGUUUGGUGAACCACAGGUUUUAUGUUUCAUUAAAAAACUUCGUUUACCAAAUUGCGUGGUGUUACAUUCAAGUGUCUUGUUAAAUGUGAUCUGAAUCAGUGUAGUUUUGUCUUUAACCUAUAUGGUUACGUCUUUAUUCCACAGUGGUGUGCAAGUUCAUAGUGAAAAAAUUAGCAUCAGUUUUUAUCUUUGGGUGAUCCGGCCUUUGUUCAAGUUCAGCCAUCUGCAAUUUUUUUUUCUACUGUAUUCUUGUAUUAAUAUUCAAGGUGUUAUAAUAAAAUAAUUUCUUUUC